UUUGCGGGCGGAAUUUGUGUUUGUUUUCUUCCCGAGUGUCGGUAUUUCGUUACAAUCACGGGCUUCACGGGCUUUUUCAUGCUGGUACUUCAAUUACCGAAAUCAUAAAGUCUGAAGCAUUUCCAGAGUGUGUCUGUGCGAGUUGUUUUCCUUACGUCCCAUUGUUCCGAGUUUUUUCCUGUGUCCGAUUGGUGUCCUCGUUUAUCUGUGAUUCACCACCGAUCCGGGCGGUGGUUUAUUGGUUAGUUGUUUUUGCGACAAUGGUGAACAGUGAUUCAGCUUGAGCUUGCUUCGUGUGCUUGAUGCGAGCAUUAAAAUAAUUCCUGAACAACACGGUUUGGCGCUUUAGAGAAGAUGGAAGAUUUCACGCCACUGCUUAACUUGCAGUCAAACCAAUAAACACGACGAAGUGCGAUUUUGCACUUGUUGCCAAUAGCGACAACGACAUUCUUGGAUGCAGAAACCGGCGCAGACGUGAUAAAAUUUGUAGAUACAACGCUAACAAGUAGCAUAGAGAAACGACACACGUCUGUUUAAUACAGCCGCGUCGUGGUCGAUAAAAAAUACCGCGAUAACGUGUUUGCACGAUAGAAAUAAAUUGCAGCAGAAGUGAAGGCGAAACGCACAACUGAAAACGGAAACGAAUACUCAGAAGAACCCAGCGUAAUCACUCCCGACAGAAGGAAACAUUGUUUAUGUCCAUUAACUUUGAUUACUAAUCGUACUUUUGGCCCACAUAAAAAGGGUCCACGGAAAAUGAGAAAUGAACGGGAACCUCUACUCGGACAGUCGGUCGACGGGAUGAGCUCAGGCAUGGACGAACCGCAGCAUCCGCUGGUCCGGCCCGAUCUUCGCAGUUCGCCAGAAAAUACCAUAGUGGACACGACCAACGACACGGACAGUCUAAUGGCGAAGGAGGAUCAAACCAACGGCUCAUUGGCGGAAGGGUACGAUCCGUCGAUGCACCGCACCCUCGAACACCCGACCACCAACCUGGAUACCAUGAUCCAUCUGUUAAAGGGUAACGUUGGCACCGGCAUCCUCGCAAUGCCGGACGCAUUCAAAAACGCUGGCCUCUACGUCGGCCUUUUCGGAACGCUCCUGAUGGGUGCGGUCUGCACACACUGCAUGCACAUACUAGUCAAAUGUUCGCACGAACUGUGCCGCCGGCUACAGGUUCCAUCGCUCAGCUUCGACGAAGUGUGUCACCGGGCGUUCGAAUCCGGCCCAGUCGGGUUGCGGCGCUAUUCGAAGCUGGCCAAGAAUCUGAUCAAUACGUUCCUGGUGAUCACGCAGCUCGGUUUCUGCUGCGUAUACUUUGUUUUCGUGGCGGCCAAUUUGCGCGAAGUUGUGGCGCACUACUUUUUCGAUCUUAACACACGCAUCUACCUGCUAUUGCUGCUCAUACCGAUGGUCCUGAUGAACUUGGUGCGAAAUCUGAAGUACAUUACACCGAUUUCGCUCAUUGCCACCGUUCUCACGGUAGCCGGUCUUACGUGUACUUUCUAUUACGUGCUGCAGGACCUUCCGAAUACGCACACCGUGAAACCGACGGCUUCGUGGGCACAGCUGCCUCUCUACUUCGGUACGGCUAUUUACGCGUUUGAAGGCAUCGGAAUGGUGUUACCACUAGAGAACAACAUGGUCACACCGCAGGAUUUCGGUGGAUGGACAGGCGUGCUAAAUACCGGAAUGGUCAUCGUUGCCUGCCUCUACACGGGAGUCGGUUUCUUCGGUUACCUAAAGUACGGCGAUGCAGUCAAGGGAAGUAUUACCUUGAAUCUUCCCGGCGAUCAACUCCUUGCCCAACUGGUUCGCAUUAUGAUGGCGCUGGCAAUCUUUUUCUCGUAUCCGCUCCAGUUCUACGUCCCGAUGUCCGUUAUUACCCCGCACAUAAGGCGCCAUCUACACACGGUGCAGUCGCGACAGAUCGGUGAAUAUCUUACGCGCGUUACACUCGUUCUCUUUACGUUCAUGUUGGCCGCUAUGGUGCCGAACCUCGGUGCGGUCAUUUCACUUGUCGGUGCCGUCAGCAGCUCAACGCUCGCACUCAUCUUUCCGCCAAUCAUCGAAAUCGUUACCUUCUGGCCGAACGGGUUGGGACGGCACUACUGGGUCCUGUGGAAAGACCUUACGAUAAUGGUGUUCGGGAUACUGGGAUUCGUCUUUGGUACCUACACGAGUAUUGCGCAAAUUUUGAAUCCCAGUUUGAACUGAGUUUCAGCCUACACUCAGUUCUGUAAAGUUGCUUCAGGGCGGACUCGAAGACUACGCUUAUACGAAUAGUGUGUGGAAGCUUGUACACUCUGCUAGCGCCAGAGGGACCUAUUCCGUGAUAAAGAACGCAGAAAGGGGUAUACUGUUUGGUUUAUGGGUUUAUAGUGUUCUUUUUUACAACAAUGGCAUUAGUCUGGUAUCAUAAAUAAUCCAAAACUUCUUUCCAGUUGGGAAAUACAAAGACUUCCCAUUCAAAUUCAACGAAUGUCAUUGGAUUCGGGUUUCAGGCGUACCUCAUUCGUUCAAACAUUGUUCAGCUACAGCAAACUACAUCGUUUGGUGGUUUACGGUUCGUUAUGGUGUUACAAAUCGGUUGGCUAACUUUUUCAAUGUAGUAAAAUAUGACUCCUCUCCAGAAAUGAGUUACGAACAAACGUGAGUUGAGUUGUUAGCAGGCAAACGUGGCAACAAGCAUAAUAUCAAUUUGUAACCCGCAAAACGGCCAAAAGAAAAGCAAUGGCUGCAGUUUAUUGUAUCUAAUAAUGCAACAUACAUUAGCGCAUGACAAUAAUAUUUACCCGUACUUUAGAUCGUUUAGAGGCAUCACUUAAGAUAUCCAAGCCAAAAUAGCACACAAAGAAUGAUGCAAGCUUGCAAAAAAGACAUGAACAACUAAUCUAUGGUGAUAAUAAUGUAUAAAAAAUUUAAAACGGUAGUAUCUCAAAUCGCUGCCAAUGAACGAUGCAGCGUUUUGUGGGUGUUCCUUUUGUUCCAGUUGCCAGUUAGAGACUAAGUGAUGUAUAAAAAUUACUACAUAGCAGGAUUACUACAUAGCAGGAGAAAAGGAUUUUCUUUUCUUGUAAGUCUUUCGAACAACCGUAUUUAUGUAUCGCCGUGAAAUAAAGCUGUAUUUCCCCCGAAAGCAGCCAAUAGGAGUUGGGAAAUAAGCUAUCGUUUAAGGAGUGAAAGAUCAUUUACCUACGUCUGUUAACUGUUCUGCUGUUGUUUGUUACUAUCACUGUCUUUUCUGUUACAUUGAGGAUUGGUGAAAUGCACUAAACAGAACGAAACGAAAGGGGAACAAAUGAGUGAAUUUAGCAACGAAAACGAGUAAUCCUCGAAUGACGAUGAAGGUUCGGUUCUUCCAUACUGUACUGUCCUGCUGUGGACUGUAGAAAGUAGAUUCAAUGACCGUGGACAAUAAUUCAAUUGAUUCGACUGUUUUUAUCUUAUUCUAGCACUUCCUCCUUCUCCGUUCGCACAGAAAUCCACUCCGUAAAUUAGUAAUCUACAUUUGACACACAAGAAAGUAGCAUUUAAAAAAUUAGCCCCAGCACUAGCUGGAAUAUCUUUUAUUGUGUAAACACAGUAGCACUCUCGGGAAACGUCUAUGGACGGAUAAUGCAUAUUACAUUGUAAUAACUCAGUUUGGGCGCACUGUCGUCAACUGUGAGCUGAAUAUGUUGCAAAUAUGCCCUGGGAAAGAGGCUCACCGAUUCAAAGCUUCCGAUCGUUGCAACCACCUUCAUUCGCUGUGUCCCAGACAUUAUGCUUACGAUUCAUCGUGAGGUAGGCGUUACCAGCAUACAUCCUUAUCUGAUAUCAACGUGUUCAGUGUUUUUUGUGUUACUAUCCUACAUUAGCCAAAAUGGGAAGGAAAAAAGAGAAAAGAACGAAACAUGUGUAAAACAAUCUCACAUACAAAAGUGAUUAAAAUUAGUACACGUCUAGUGAGGGGUGGAAGCAUAUAUGCCGACUAGGGCAAAUGGAACAGAAGAAGGUAACCGAUGAUAAUAAACUAUA